GCCCCGUCCCCCUCUUCUCUCCAAGGUGCUACAAACCUCCAAUUCUCCGCAGCACCACAUCAACAACCCCAAUUCCACCCCAAUUGACCACCAAAAUGUUCACCCUCCAACGCUUCGUAGUCUCCGUACUACUGAUUCUCGCCGUCACUUUCGCCUUCUUCGCCCAAACCGCGCAGGCCGUCAAGGGCCCCAAGAUCACCCACAAGGUCUACUUCGACGUCAGCCAUGGCGACGAGCCCAUGGGCCGCAUCGUGAUGGGUCUGUAUGGCAAGACUGUGCCCAAGACAACCGAGAACUUCAGAGCAUUGGCGACUGGCGAGAAGGACUUUGGAUAUGAGGGGUCUACCUUCCACCGUGUCAUCAAGGGAUUCAUGAUCCAGGGUGGAGACUUUACCAAGGGUGAUGGCACGGGUGGCAAGUCGAUCUACGGCGACAAGUUCCCAGAUGAGAACUUCAAGCUCAAGCACUCCAAGAAGGGUCUCCUCUCCAUGGCCAACGCAGGAAAGGACACCAAUGGCUCGCAAUUCUUCAUCACUACCUCCACCCCAGGUCAUCUUGAUGGCAAGCACGUCGUGUUCGGCGAAGUUCUCGAGGGCUACGAAAUCGUGUCGAAGAUUGAGGACGUGCAGAAGACCGGCGACAAGCCCAAGGUCGCCGUCAAGAUCACAAAGAGCGGCGAGCUUCCCGUACCAGAAGAAGGUAUCCACGUGGAACUAUAAAGUACUUUCCUUUUUUCUCUGCUUCAGCACGCAUGCAAAUCACCUUAGCCUCGCCUCGCCCUGCCUUACUCUUGUCGGUCUCGCUGAUCAUCUGCUGCACGACAGAUGAUUUACACGGCACUGCGGAGUAUCGACCUGGUCAGAGCGACGCGGCCGAGGUCCCGAUCGCUAACACGAGCGCGCCCGCGAAGAUCCCCACGAUCGUGGAGCCGGUCAGUGAUGUCGUUGCUAAGGAGGGCUUCUCGCUGCUGCAGAAGGGAUUGUUCUUUAUGGUCAUACUUGGUUGCGUCGCUGCAUAUCUGCGGAAUGGGGGAGGUAAAAAGGAAAAGAGAUUUCAGGAGAAAAGCAUGGCGUGAAUAUUGAAAUUUUAGAACAUAUAUUUCUCCGAACUUGUGUUUACCUUGGCUUGCUGCUGCUAUAUUUACCGCUUUCUUCCCCACACUCUAAUAUCUC